CAGCGGGGCAAUGAUCAGCGGGGCACGGGCGGGCGCGCCGGGUCGCCCCGGGUCUCUCCCCGCCUCACAGCCGCCCUCGGGCUGCCGGGCGCAUGCGCGGAGGCACCGCCUGCUCCGCCGAGCGCGCAGCGGGCGUUGGGGCAGCGCGGGGCGGCAGCGCUGGCCCUGCUCCGCUCCCGGGCGGCGGCUUGAUAUUUGCAAGUUCCCAGCCUUGACAGCAAUCACCAUGGAUAGUGUGUUCUUAACAGAGGACAAAGCCAACUCUGUGUUGAAAAGAUACCCAAGAGCUAACACAUUUCUGGAAGAAAUAAAGCAAGGUGACAUAGAACAUGAAUGCAGAGAAGAAAUCUGUAGCUAUGAAGAGGCGAGAGAAGCAUUUGAAAAUGAGGAAAAAACGAAGGAGUUCUGGAAAGUCUACAAAAACGGACUCCAGGGAGAAAGUAACACAGGACAUAACUGGUAUUCAUUUUACCUUACAUUUCCAUUAAUCAUUGGCCUUUUUGUUAUCCUCAUUGUCGCUUUUGUCAUCUGGAGAUGCCUGUUUAAAAAGAAAAUGCGCAGGCAGUCGGUGUACGUGCACAGGGGAGCCCACGGCGCGCUGGGCGAUGGUGCUGCUGGCAGAGGGCCCCUCCCGCCGCCUCUCAGCAUUGUUCAUUCCCCGCAGGAGGAAAUGUAUGAGGUCAGUGGGCUCUCUCCAGGAGGUCUGAGCUAUUCGGAUGCACGGUCAGACUCAAUAUCCACAAGGCUCUCAAACUGUGAUCCUCCUCCUUCCUAUGAGGAAGCCACUGGGGAAAUCAGUGUGAGAAGAAGUGAAACUGAGCAGCAUUUGGAUCCACCCCCGCAGUACGAAGACAUUGUGAAUUCCAGUUCAGCCACUGCCAUAGCGCUAACCCCCAUUGUCACCAGUACUAAGUAAAACAAGAAGAAUGCCAUGGACCUUUUGAAAAUCAUUAAUCAUUUUGUAGCACUUUAUCUUGGCUUAUUAUGCAUUUCUGUAAUUUAACGGACUUGUAUACGAUGAAUUUCACCUUUUUUAGGUUCACUCGUUCUUUGGGUUUGGGAUUUUUUUUUCCCUAUCAAAUGUCUUAAAAGAUAAGGAAUCUGUAUUGAGAGUGUAGUGCAGAUACAGAUGUGGUGCUCUGUCAUACUUCUCAAAAGUACCUCUGUUUUGAAGGAUGUCACUUGUUUUGUUCCAAACACUGUCCACAUUCCCCACAAGAUUUGGGGGAUCCCCCUCCCCUUUCUUACUGCAGACUGUCAGAAUUCCCUGCAAUAGGGAAUCCUUAAGUAACAUUUUAGUAGUUAUUUACACUAGAGGGGACUGAUUUUGCAGUAUUGCCUCUUGUCUGGUUUGUUCCUUUUUCUCACCUCGAUUUUUGUUACAUGCUGCACCCUCUCCUGGCACUGGGGAGGCUGGGAGCCUUUGUGUUCAAACCAGGAUCUCAUGUAGAGAAUGCUGGUGUAACAGCAAUAAUUCCAGAGUCCUAGCAGGAGAAGUGUGUUCUAAAGCUUUGAUAUUACAGCUCAAAAUUCUGUAAAUGUGUAGAAGCUGACAAUUCAAGACACUAAUUGGUGAAUUUAAUGGUGUAAGUUUUUGUCUGUGUUCUGCUUUCCUGUUUCCCUAUCUGGUUUUACUGGUUUUACUUUUGUAUUUUAGAGGUGAGAAGUGUGCAUAUGUUAACUUCAGAACUUGAAAGUUCGUGCAACAGUAAUAGUGAAGUACUCAAGAGUGGAUAAAAUCCUGAUUAUGGACUUCCUACUGUGAUUUUCACUGGGACCAGAAUGUAAUCUAUAAGCACAUACACCCAAAGGCAUUACUUUCCUUUUUAAAGGGAGAAAAAGGAAAGAAAAUCAGUGUCUGUGACUUCCUUUUUCCCAAAUAUGAAAACCUUCCUUAAGGUUUUGCCAGCUAUAAACAUAAGCCCUUUCCUAAAGUUCUGAUACUCCCUUACCUACUCACAUGUACCUUGUAUGCACCUUGUACUGGUGCCUGUGGAAAUUAUUUGCAGAGAAUAUAAAUAUCUUUUUUCAACAAAAAAUAAAUUUGUUGCCUAUCCAUUCCAACAAGGAAUUCUAAGAACAUGCAGGCAUAACCCCAAGCAUUAGUGUGGAGUGACUUUUUGAGGCUGAAGAGAAGGAUGCAAGUUACAGGCUUGUACAGAAUUUCAUCCACUUGGUUUAGGUGAUAAAAGUUCUAGUGUGGUGAUUCUUUUACAGGUUGAUUUAAAAGUUAAUUGCUCUGUUUAAUUUCUGAGUAUUAGGUUUCAGUUUUCUUUCUUCCCACACCAAGUAGCGUGGCAUUAGUUUAGUACUCUUCUGUGUUCUACUAAUCAAUUAACACCAAUUGAAAGAUGUUGAGCCCUGAAGGACUAAAUUAUGUUAUGUUGGCUUUCUUGCAACAGAAACCCAAACUGUCUUGUUUCAAACACCCCAGAUAAAAUGCCAGUGCUAUCUGUUUGAAAUUCCUCUUAAUGUCCCUCUCAUGGAGGCUUGGCCCAACUGUUCCCAAAGGAUUUUUGUGGAAGGAAAUGGAUGGUUAUAGAUGGUGUGUAAAUGUUCACUUUGAUAAGAAUAUGAUCUAACUUAUUGACAAGUACAGUCAGGAGUUCUCAUUUUUGACAAAGAGUAAGUUGCCUUUGUUGCCUGCUGGGGAUCUUCAGCUGCUAAGGCAAGUUGUAUUAGAGAUGAACUCCUGGCCAAACUCCUGCCUCCAUUGUCAAAACUAUAAUUUGUAUUUAUAUUCAUUAUAUAUAAUAGGUAUAUUAAGAUAAGUAGAUAAGUACAGUAUAUUUUGGACACUUGUAGUAAAAAUUGCCUGGGUUUUGUUUGUGGACUGUCAGACCUUUUCUUUUGAAGUGGUUUUAGCCCUUGUGAAUCCUGAAUUGCCACUUGUGGAAGCUAAAGCUCCUUUCAAACCGAGCAAGAGUUAGUAAAUAAACUGCUUUAUGCAGAUUCUGCAGAACAAAGUGCCUCAUCCCAGCAUGCAGGAACCACCUCAGGAAGAGCUGGUACUUCAUUGUCUGUGCCAUAUUGGCACCUCCUGUGCCUGCCAGCACAGAUAGGAGUUUUAGCAGUAACUUCCUUGUCAGGAUAUAGGACUUUCCUGUAGGAAAUGCAUGGAGAUCACCCAUGUUACAUUAGCUUGUUUAGCAGCUGUCAUCAUCCCUGGACAUGGGCAGUCUGCUUUAGUAAUUUAGAGAUGAGCUGGCUUUUCCCUUCUUUCUGUGUUUUCUUUACUCUGUACUCCACUGCCACUUUUGAAGGGUUUGUUUGUGGCUCCUAAGUUGAGUGUGUUACUUUAUCCUGUUACUGUGUCCUGUAGGUACUUUCAUGUGCAAUCCAAAAUUGAUGCUUGCCAUUCCAAAACAAGUUACAACCAAAAACUUUGUGAUCUAUGAGUUGAAUUAAUUAGACAAUGCCUUUUCCAUGAGUAUAUGAGUAUGAAAGCCAUUGUGGGCUAUAAAUUUAUGGCUUGGUGAAUAAAUUUAAUUUUUAAACAAAACUUGUUUGGGACAGUUGUGCAAAUGCAUUUCCUCUAAAACAUGAACAGUUUUCUCCAUGUUGGAAUAGUGUCAACUUACAAACUGUUUGUUCUGUUUUGUGAAAUGUGGGAAAAUAGCUUAGUUUUGUGGUUGGCUUUUCUAACCUGAUUGAAAAAUAAAAUUUUAUUUGUACUGGGGUUUUUUACAGCUUUUUUUUUGUUUGUUUUACCUAUCCUGUAAUUGCAUUAUCAUGCAAUAAAUAUAAAUUUAUAGUUGUACCUCUCUAAGGUUUUGCAGCUCUGAAUGCAGUGCUGUCUUGACUGAUGACAUGAAUAGUCAGGAUACUGCCUUUCCCACUUCUGAAUGUAACAUUGAAUUUCAUCUUGUAUUGGGACUGAAAUGAUUUAGCUACUAAAACUAACUUAGAGGUGGCACUGUUUUAAGAAAUGAUGGAAAUUAAUGAUUUGCUUAGAUUAUAUUAACAUUAGUGAAGGUUGUUCUCUCUUCACUGGAUGUAAAUAACCUCUGAUUACAGUAUUGUAUAUUUUAAAGGGGUUUGGUUUACAUUAAAUUAUCCUAUUUAAACAUUUUUGCCUAUGUUUAUAGAAAAUUUUUUGUAACAUUUGUUUUUCAAUAUGCUAAAUAAAACUUUUUAAGAUGCCUCUAA